CACACACACACACACAGGCAUGCAAAUCUGCACAUUUGUGCACACAGACUCACAGUUAUUCUUGUAUUGUAUACUUGGACAUUCAGUAAUUCUCACAGCAUGCGUACACACAUAGUCAUUCAGACAGCACACACACAAACACAUAGUGCCACUCAACUGCUCUGUAUAAAACUCCCUCUGUCUGUCCAAUAGCCAUUGUGUCUGUCUUCUGUGCGUGGUGAUACCACACCUUCAUACAGCCAUGUCAGAUGUGGAAGAGGAGUACGAGGAUCAGACAGAGGAGGUUGAAGAGGAGGAGGAGGAGGCCCAACCUGAGCAGGCAGAGGAGGAUGGAGUAGAGCAGCAAGAGUACCAAGAUCAAGAUGCCCAGGAGGAAGAGGAAGAACGACCCAAACCCAAACCAAUGGUGCCUCAACUUGCACCUCCAAAGAUUCCUGAGGGGGACAGGGUGGAUUUUGAUGACAUCCACAGAAAGCGUAUGGAGAAGGACUUACUCGAGCUGCAUACUCUGAUCGACGUUCACUUCGAGCAGAGGAAGAAGGAUGAGGAAGAACUCAUCAGCCUCAAGGAACGGAUCGAACGUCGCCGGUCAGAGAGAGCUGAGAUCCAGAGGAUUAGAGCAGAGAAGGAAAAGGACAGACAGAACAGGAUUGCGGAGGAACGUCACAGAAAAGAGAACGAGGAGGCCAAGAAGAAAGCUGAUGAAGACGCCAAGAAGAAGAAAGUGCUGUCUGGCAUGGGAGCGAACUUUGGAGGCUUCCUGGCCAAGGCUGAGACGAAGAGAGGCAAACGUCUAACGGGCAGAGAGAUCAAGAAGAAGACUUUGGCUGAGAGACGGGAGCCACUAGGCAUUGAAAAUUUAAGGGAGGAUGCACUCAAGCAACGGGCCCAGGAGAUGUGGAAUUGGAUCUACCAGCUGGAGUCUGAGAAGUUUGACUUCAUUGAGCACAUGAAGCACCAGAAAUACGAGAUCACCGUAUUGCUGAACAGAAUCCAGCAUGCUCAGAAAUUUAAAAAGGGCCAUGGCAAAGGGAAGGUGGGCGGUCGCUGGAAGUAAAGGGGGGGAGAAGACAGUAAAACCAAAAACACAUUGACAGCAAAGAAGGGGAGGCAGUAUAGAAAUGGAGGAAUCACACAUUUCCUCUCCUUUUGUGCUGCCAGAGCCUCUCUGGAGGUCCUUCCUGUGUGACAGAUAUUGAAUGUUUCUUGAUGACAUGUAUUCAUAAUUAAAAUGACGUGCACUCAGUUUUGA